GCCUCCAACGGAAACCAGCUGAGAGACGGGGUAGAGAAGACAAGAUGGCGGAGUGAGUGGGUUGCGCUUUGUACGAACGGUUGCGACCAUUAAAGUUAGCCGAUAUCGCUCUCGAAGGAUUGAACGCGCAACGACACACUCGUGGAAAAAACUGAUUUUGUCUCUCAGCACGGAGGAGGUCUGGGCAUCUUUCGCAGCGGUCCUUGCGACAACGUUAGCUUGAUGCUAACGUAAGCUAACGUUAGAUUUGACUAACAUUAGCUGCUACUUCGUCGUAGCUGGGCGGUUGGUUCAGGCCCAAAGCUUCAUAGAAUUGAGUUUUGGAUGGGUGUAAAGAUCCUUGUAGCCAGUGGCAUAUGAGUAGAGCCAAUAAAGCGUUAUAUCGAAAACGUGAAUGGUCGUUCGUUUUAGGUAACAUUAUUUUGAGUAACAGUUAGUCCAUAAUUACUCCAAUCGACACCAACUGGACAUACAGGACUGUAUGUUUUGCUGACAAUCGGGCUACAUUGCCACACAAAAUUCCCUAAAGUUGUUCAGGUGGAAAUCGUCUCUUGGUGGAUAUUAUGGCAAGCAGCAGUGGCUCCAAAGCCGAAUUCAUCGUCGGUGGAAAAUACAAGCUCGUCAGAAAAAUUGGAUCGGGAUCUUUCGGUGACAUCUAUCUGGCCAUCAACAUCACAAAUGGAGAGGAGGUAGCCGUAAAAUUGGAAUCGCAGAAAGCCAGACAUCCACAGUUGUUAUACGAAAGCAAGCUGUACAAAAUCCUACAAGGUGGUGUUGGGAUUCCACAUAUCAGGUGGUAUGGCCAAGAGAAGGACUACAACGUCCUAGUCAUGGAUCUGCUGGGACCGAGUCUGGAGGAUCUGUUCAAUUUCUGCUCUCGCCGAUUCACCAUGAAAACGGUCCUUAUGCUGGCAGACCAGAUGAUCAGCAGAAUUGAGUAUGUACACACAAAGAACUUCAUCCACAGAGACAUCAAACCAGACAACUUUCUCAUGGGUAUCGGCCGUCAUUGUAACAAGUGUUUAGACUCGUCAGUGGGGAAGAGGAAAAGAAGCUUGGCUGUUAGCUCUUCUCAGGACCCAUCUUUCUCAGGAUUAAACCAGUUGUUCCUUAUUGACUUUGGUUUGGCGAAGAAGUACAGAGACAACCGAACACGACAGCACAUCCCCUACAGAGAAGACAAGAAUCUGACGGGCACAGCACGCUAUGCCUCCAUCAACGCACACUUGGGCAUUGAACAGAGUCGCCGUGAUGACAUGGAGUCAUUAGGCUACGUGCUGAUGUACUUCAACAGAACCAGUCUGCCAUGGCAGGGAUUAAAGGCUGCCACAAAGAAGCAGAAGUAUGAGAAGAUCUCAGAAAAGAAGAUGUCCACCCCUGUUGAGGUCCUCUGUAAGGGUUUCCCAGCAGAGUUUGCCAUGUAUCUGAACUACUGCCGUGGCUUGCGCUUUGAGGAGGCUCCAGACUACAUGUAUCUGCGUCAGCUGUUUCGCAUCCUCUUCAGGACUCUGAAUCAUCAGUAUGACUACACAUUUGACUGGACCAUGCUGAAACAGAAAGCAGCUCAGCAGGGGGCCUCCUCUGGGGGCCAGGGCCAGCAGGCACAAACCCCCACAGGCAAGCAAACUGACAAACCCAAGCCUAACAUGAAAGGUUUCUGAUGGGUCUCUGCCCUGAGCAGAGCUGCCGAUGCGUUGGUAACCAGGACCAACAAGUCUCUCUUCCUGGACAAGCGACAAACAGAAAGUCUGUGUCUUUCCUUCCAUCACAACUAUCUAUGUAAUGGAAAUAUAUAGAUUUACACACGCCUUUGUCAGUUGUGUUAUCUAUAUAAUCAUAUGUGUAUAUAUAAUGAAACUCCACUCUGAAAGAAAAAAAUUUUUUUUUAGGAUGUGGAGGCUGUAGCCCCCUGCCCCCGACCUAAGACACAUCCCACAUCCCUGUUUGUGCCCUCCUUUCAGUGUUGACUUUACGUAAAGUUUCUUUGGAAACUGAAGUUAAAAUAGUCAGCUGACCUUUUGUUUCUCUCCCAGUGAAACUGUCUCAAAGCUUAUCUUUCCCUUCUCACUCCUUAAUUAUUUCACUCCCUCCUUUUACCAAGAAAAUGUUAAAACAUGUAAACCUAAAACCUGUUCUCUCAUUUUGUUUCAUAACUGAAUGAUGAACCCUGGAUGUUAUUUACUAAAAAUCAAAACUGUUGGAUUUUUUUCUUGUUUUCUUUUUGUUUUCCUAUGGUGAUUAGGAGUUUGCCUGUUGACAAUAUAAGCGGCUGAUGGCAACAGUCAAUGGUAGAAUGAUGCUCUGGCUCUUUCCCUCUCUCUAGAGCUCUGAAUUAUUAAAUCUCUUGUAAAACCUAUGGUCUUAUCCAAAAAUGCCAAUAAAAACAUUACAUAACUCA